UGUUGCUGGUUAAUCUAGCUAGCCAGCUCGGAUAGAUAACAGUGCGACGUUAGCUAACUAGCUAGUCAACUAAUAACGUAUUUGUCUGUGGAAUGAUACGAUGUAGCUAGCUCACGUAACUUGAGUUAGCUAGGCGCUGUAGCUCCAGUUCAAUGCAACCUCUAAUUUAGCUGUAACGUCGUUAGCUAACUGUUAUAUUGGGUGUGAUCUGGGGUGACGACGGUUAUCUUUUCAGCAGGACCUUCGUGUCUAGAUAGAUUAGAUAACUAGUUAUCAUUUCAUAUUGCCAGCGAAUCUUAACGUAGUCUAAUAAAUCUUCCCUUUCAUAAUUCGUUUGUAUGAUCCAAAUUGCGUUAACCAGCCAUUUUUCAUAAAUCAAAAAAGCAGCGACAGACGUGGAGCACCAUCACUGGACUGGAUUUCUCACAGUGUCGGUAGCUAGUAGCUACGUAAGCUAGCGGCCCUCCUUCAAGUCUAGAGAGGGUGGCAUUUGAGAGUUAUGACGAAAGAAAUGGAAAACGAAACCGAGAGAAGGUCUUUUCGGGGAAGAUUAACACAUGUAAUAUCCGGGCAGAAAUGGCAGCUCCAAAGCCUCUCAUCAUCCCUUGGUUAAUCAAACAGAUUGACAGUGGACGAUACCAUGGGGUGAAUUGGACCAAUCAGGAGCACACAGAAUUCUGUAUACCAUGGAAACAUGGUUUGAGACACGACUCUUCUGAUGAUGAUGUUCGAAUUUUCAAGGCAUGGUACGACUUAAGUGGUGGGACCCAAGCUGAUGCCGCAGUGUGGAAACGCAACUUCCGCAGCGCUCUCCGAGCCAAAGGCUGUGACAAGAUCGCAGAUAAUAAAAAUGAUCCUGCUAACCCCCACAAAGUCUUCCGGCUGCCCCUGGGAAAGCAAAACAAGAGAUACCAGGAACCUGUUGUAACCCCAAAUCCAGGUCUUCCACUAGCAAGCCCCAUGCUAUCCUUUGAUAAUCUUACAGAAGACACACCUAUCCAAGGUGGACUGUCCCCCCCUGUGGAUAAAGAUGUGCUUGAGCACUGUUUGAUGGGAUUGAACAUUUAUGAACCUCAACAAGUAUUAACGCGGCCUACAGAAGUAGUGUCAGCUGUUGUGAUUCCAGAACCACAACAUUCCUGUGAGGAAGCAAUGGCCAUAGACUUCGGCAUGCAGAGAUCGGAGGACCUUAAGCACACAUUGAGUGUUGGGAACAACACUCUGAGCUUCAGGGUGUCAGCAUACUACAGAGGAGUGAAGGUUUUGGAACAGGAGGUAGAGAAUCCUGCAGGGUUCAAGGUGGUGUUCAGGCCUGAGAAUGUGGAGACUUCAAGCACCAUGCUCACACCAAUUUACUUGCCUGGAGCAGACCAGGUCAACAUCUUUGACAAAACACAGGCUAGGCUCACCCAGCAUAUUCUGGACAAGCUGGGUAAUGGACUAGAGGUGAGGGUCAAUUGGCCGGCAGUGUACGGACUGCGAAAUGGUGGCAGCAAAAUCUACUGGAGUCUUUGUAAGUUUCCGAAAAGCAACAUUCCUCAAGAGGUCCAAAAACAAGAACCGCAGAUCCUGUACUCUACAAUGGAAUUCAUUCAAGGGCUCAUAGAUUUCAUAAACGGUGGGGGUGAAUCCCCUUCUUUUUCUCUUUUCUUUUGCUUUGGGGAGAAAUGGCCUGACCCAGAACAGAAACCCUGGGAGAAGAAACUUAUCAUGCUGGAGGUAACCAUAACCACUUUUGAGACUUUGAAGUUUGUGGCAGAGGCUGGUGGCGCCUCCUCUCUCCAGUCUGUGCAGCUGCAGAUCUCUGACAAUCCCAGCCUCAACAUGAAGGAGAUACUGGAACAGUACAUGGACACACUUCAAAGUUGAUAUGUUGCUGCUUUAUAAGGCUCUGGGUUGAUGUAGUGCUGUACAAUUACAAUUAUGGUUAUGUGGCAACAAAUGUAUUGAUUCUCUAUUUAGUGAUUCUGAGAAGGGAAUUGUCACUUCAGUAUCAACAAUGCUUUCAUUAUACAAAACACGGUGGUGCUCAGUAUAUUCUUGCAUUGGUCAGCUCUCCCGUGCAAAACAGCAAAGUUUUAACCUCAAUAUCUCACCCAUUUUCAAGACUAAUCUCAAUGCCAUCUCGCAGGUCUAUUACAAUGGCAACGGGGUCACCAGCUACUGAUUUUGGUAUAUCUAUGUUGAGCCAUUUCUUUUUUAUGGAUACCCGUAAACAUUAGCAUAACUUAAGACUUUUUUUGUGCAUAAAUAACUUAAUUUAAAUCCAACGAAUCCAUCAUUGUUGGUUGUACUAAGGCAUACAUGCUCUUUAUAAUUCCAUGGCUGGAGAGUUUAUUAAAUUAGAAUUAGACCUCAAAAUUAGACUUAACAUGGAGACACAAUGCUCUCUUAUAAAUCAGGCUGGCACCUGUGUGUUUGAAUCGUUCUACAUUCUAAACAUUCUAAGGACAACAAGGUUAUCUCUCCGCAGUAGCCUGUCUCACAGCUCUGUAGUCUGUAUUCAAAUCCAGUGGAUCCAGUAAAGUACAGUUGACAUGCAGGGCUGUAGCAUUUGUCAAAGAUCUGUGCUGAAACAACUUGAUGGAUAGCAGGCUGAUGUUAGUGUGAGGGCUGAUCAAUUUAAUUUCCUGUCUUUUGGGGCAUUGGGGAAAUUUUUUGCUUAAUACAUUUCAAAAUCACAAUUAAGUGUUUUAAAGAAAACUGAUCUUGAACUUGCCCCCAAAACAAUUCAGUAUAAACAUAAUUUUUUUUUAUCAUCUAUUUAAUGGAGGCGGCACGGAUGGUGCAGUGGGUAGCACUGCCGCCUCACAGCAAGGAGGUCCUGGGUUCGAAUCCCCGUCGGCCGGGGCCUCUCUGUGCGGAGUUUGCAUGUUCUCCCCGUGUCUGCGUGGGUUUCCUCCGGGUACUCCGGUUUCCUCCCACAGUCCAAAGACAUGCACGUUAGGCGGAUUGGAGAGUCUAGGUAUGAGUGUGUGAGUGAAUGGUGUGUGUGCCCUGUGAUGGACUGGCGACCUGUCCAGGGUGUAUUCCUGCCUUUCGCCCAAUGUAUGCUGGGAUAGGCUCCAGCCCCCUGCGACCCUGUUCAGGAUAAUCGGGUUAAGAUAAUGGAUGGAUGGAUGGAUCUAUUUAAUGGUGCAUUACCCUUCCAACGGGUCAGGAUUUAAAACAUCAAUAUUUAUGCUUUUUUGCAUUAUAGUACUGUUAAUAAUGUAGUAUUUUUCUCUUUACAAGUUGUCUCUUCAUUUUUUAGUCAAAGUCCAAUGAGGAAAUUAAAACUGGUCAGCCUGUAGCCUAGUGGCUAAGGGACAUGACUGGGACCCAGAAGAUUUGAGGUUCAAGCCCUGAUGUAGCCAGGUUAAGAUCCUGUUGGGCUAAAUAACAAAUUAUGAAAACAACUUUCAUAUUUUAUCUAGAAAGAAAUUCUUGUUGACUGAGAUUGUUGCUGUAGAUCUCAGUCAGAAAAACAUGAUUGUAUUUGAAAAUACAAUGUACUGUAUCUUCUCUUAGUUCAAAAGUAUUGAGUUCAUGAUUUAAAAACUGGAAAUCAAUACAUUUUUGUUUAAAAAUGCUUUCCCCCAUUUUGCUCCCCAAUCUGGAAUGGCAUUUCAAAUUUUGCCACAAUGUUAUCAAUUCUUGAAUGCAAGUGAUGUUAACCACCAUCUCUUAUCACACCAAGUCAGGGUCGCAUGGGUCAGAGAAAGACACCUCAUGUGCAGCUGAAUCAUACACCUUCAGUGCUGAACGCCUGCUUUGCAGAUGCCCAAUCUACCAGCGAGGGUCGCUGUUGCACAAUGAAAUGCUGUCAUCCCAGCAAAAUUAAACCCCCACCCCCAAACCAGGGUUAAUUGUUUGUUGCCCUGCAAGGCUGCUGGCCACAGUCGGCGCCAAUACAGUCCAAAUUCAAAUCCAUAUUGUGAGGCCCAUCCACAUUCUAGAACAGUGCUGGACAGGACAAGCCACCUAGCAGAUUUAUACAUGUAUACAGUAAGCUCCAUAAUUAUUGCCACCCUUGAUAAAUAUGUAGAAAAUACUGUAAACUAAAAGAUAAUAAAGUUGUUGACAUGCUUUAUUCAAUGAUUAAAUGGAAUUAACCAAAAUCUUACAUUUUUCAAAGAAAAAAUAUAUAAUACAUUUUUGGCACCUCUGUUUUGAUACUUUGUGCAAACACUCCAAGCAAAGAUCAUAGUCAUGAGUCUUUACCUAUAAUUUGUGAUAUGGCUCGAGAACACAAUUUUGACCAUUCCUCCAUGCAGAACUUUUCAGAAUCAUUGAUAUCCUUGGGUUUGUGCUUAUGGACCCUCCUCUUCAGUUCAGACCACAGGGCUUAGAUGGAAGUCUGGAGACCGAGAUGGCCCUUGUAGAGCAUGGAUGCUAUUUUCACUUAACCAUUUCUGUGUGGAUUGUGAUGUAUAUUUGUAUUGUGUUGUAUUGUGAGGUCCUGUUUCAACCAAACAAAACAUGUAAAUGCAUUACAGUAUCAACUAAAUUUCUUUUACAUCCAGUACCCUCUACAGUACAGUAAAAGCAGUCAUGUUUAGUAUUUUGUUGCAUGCCAUGACUUCCUGAUGUCUGUGAUCUAUCAACACCACAGUCUGGCUAUCUUAUUAUCAAGCGAUUCUAAUACUCUGCAUUUGAAUGGUUUGUCUGUGGUAAUUGGGGGGUGGGACAAGAUUCAGCUGUAAAUUAUGCGAUUACAGUGUGGAACACAUUUAUUGGCUUUAUGGCUUUAAGUCAUCAAGGGUCCAAGGUAUGCAAUGAGCCUCAAACCACCGUGCUACUGCCAGAUAUGCAGGUAUGCAUGAAUAAUUUAAUAUAGUGGGGGAGUGAAGUAAAGGAGGGUGGAGUGAAAUGAAGUGAAGAAUGAGACGCACCCCUCAUUCACUCACAUCUUGCGCUGCCAACCACGUUCAGUUCUGGCCCACAGAGAUGACACUGAACUGAUGUAGCCUAUAGCUUUGCCUUGAAUUACCAUGCAUCUGAUGAACCAUGUAUGCUUCCUGGGUUAGUAAACAUUGACAUUAGCUUGGUUUAUGAAUGUAAUUCUAAUCAACACGUGUUCGCUAUUUUGUCAAGAAUUAGGGUGAAGUCUAUGAUUCUUUCAUUAAUAUUCAUGGUUCUAUGCAAUAUUUCUAUGUUGAAAAUAUGUUGUGAAGUAUCAUUGUUUAGACACCAUAGACCAUCAAACACAUCAAGACCCCUGAUCUGACUUUGAUGUAUGUUCAGGUAAAAUGGGACAGUCCACUUUAAUUAAAGACUUUCAAUUUGAA